GGGAAAACAAAGCUCAUCGGCGCCGGAGAGACUGAGAGAGAGAGAGAGAGAGACAGAAACCUUCCGCUCGCUAAUUCGCUGCCAUCGUCAUGGGUAUCAAGGGUUUAACGAAGCUUUUAGCCGACAAUGCGCCUAGCGCCAUGAAAGAACAGAAAUUCGAGAGCUACUUUGGUCGGAAAAUAGCGGUUGAUGCAAGCAUGAGCAUUUACCAGUUCCUUAUUGUGGUGGGGAGAACUGGGACUGAGAUGCUCACCAAUGAAGCUGGUGAAGUCACUAGCCAUUUGCAAGGGAUGUUUAAUCGAACCAUUCGUCUUCUGGAAGCUGGAAUUAAGCCUGUCUAUGUUUUCGAUGGAAAGCCCCCGGAGUUAAAGAAACAAGAACUAGCCAAACGUUACUCUAAGAGAGCUGAUGCAACUGAAGAUCUGAGUAGUGCAAUUAAGGAAGGAAACAAGGAGGACAUUGAGAAGUACAGCAAACGAACUGUGAAGGUGACAAAACAACACAAUGAUGACUGCAAAAAACUCUUAAGACUCAUGGGGGUCCCCGUUGUUGAGGCCACAUCCGAAGCAGAAGCGCAAUGUGCUGCACUUUGCAAAGCAGGAAAGGUGUAUGGUGUGGCUUCUGAAGAUAUGGACUCCUUAACUUUUGGAGCUCCUAAAUUUCUUCGCCACCUGAUGGAUCCUAGCUCCAGAAAGAUCCCUGUCAUGGAAUUUGACGUUGCCAAGAUUUUAGAAGAGCUUCAACUUACCAUGGAUCAGUUCAUCGAUUUGUGCAUAUUGUCUGGAUGUGACUAUUGUGACAGCAUCCGAGGUAUCGGAGGGCAGACUGCCCUAAAGCUUAUUCGCCAGCAUGGAUCUAUUGAGUCUAUUCUCGAAAAUAUAAACAAAGAAAGGUAUCAGAUACCCGAGGAGUGGCCAUAUAAUGAAGCUCGUAAACUCUUCAAAGAACCUGAUGUCUUAACUGAUGAAGAGCAGCUUGAUAUCAAGUGGACCUCUCCAGAUGAAGAGGGUAUAGUUCAGUUUUUGGUGAAUGAAAAUGGAUUCAACAUUGAUAGGGUAACCAAGGCGGUAGAGAAAAUCAAAUCUGCAAAGAACAAGUCAUCACAAGGAAGGCUGGAAUCAUUUUUCAAGCCAGUCGCUAGCUCAUCCGUGCCUGCAAAGAGAAAGGGUGGUACCAAAUGCUUGCUCGGGCAGUUUAAACCAGCUUUCAUCAAUAAAGUGUCUUCUCUGCACACUUUUGGAUGUAACACGUCCAUUAACAUCGUUAGCCCUAGGAUGUUCUCUCUAUCCCGGGGUUCCAAUCUUUCUGUUCGAAUGGCUGGAGCUGGCAUAGGCACAAGCAUCUAAAAUAUCACGGUGCACUUUUAAAAACAAUCUGCCAUAGUUUCUAUUUACCUCUGGAAACUAUCUUCAUUGACUAUGUGCGGCCUUCAAAUUCAUGGGAUCAAUAAGACACUCUAGUUUG